GCGCUGGCCGACGCGGGCGUCGAGAUGUACGACCUGGUGGUGGGCUGCGGCCUGAGCCGCGCGCCGGGGCCCGCUCCCACCUGGCUGCUGGACCCCACGCGGCUGGAGGAGGAGCGCGCCGCCGCCGGCCUCACCGUGGCGCUCAUGCCGGUGCUCAACCAGGUGGCCGGGCUUCUGGGCAGCGGAGAGGGCGGCCCGACCGAGAGCUGGGCCGAGGCCGUGCGCCUGGGCCUCGAGGGCUGCCAGCGCCUCUACCCCGUACUGCAGCAGUGCUUGGUGCGGGCGGCCCGCCGGAGGGGCGCCGCCGCCCCUCCCUGACCCGGCAGCGCCGCGGGACCCAGCUGCCGCCCUCCAGGAAAGGACCCGCACGCACGUGCGCGCGGCCUUCAGGCUGCGCCAAGCUGAGAGCCCAGGGCUCGCCAGAGCAUCUGCGGAAGCGCGUUCGGAAGUGAUGCACUGGACAGUCAUAUUUAAGCGAACUUUAACAAACUGCUCCGUAUAGAAACUUUUCUACUUGAACUGGUACCCGACUUGCAGCUGCGACCCAGCAGGAAGAAACCUGCGAAUGCAGCCUGACUUAAGGUUGGAAAGAAUGGCAGCUCCACUUAACUGGAAAACGGAACCUGGACUGACAGCUCUGUGAGGGGUGGACGCUGCGCAGGCCAGUCAGUGACGCCUGUGUAACUGCACUGCUCUUGAGAGAAUGGACAGAGGGCUGUGCCUUCUCAUUUUUAUCUGAGCUAGAACAUAACAAAAACCCUUUCAUAG